ACCAAACUCCCCAAAUGCGGUGAUAAAGAUGCACGGUUAAAAACUGAUUCUCCAUCGUUUCCACAUAUCAUCAAACCCAGAGCAUCCCUGCCCUAAACGUCCCUCUCUCGGACUUCACGCCUUCUUCGCCCGUCCAAUCUGAAUAAUCUCCCCCGUAUGUUUAUCAUCUUUGCGUAGGACAGGCCAGCUCGUCCCGUCCGCCUUUGCUAAGUUCAAGUCCAUCUUCGUGCCCAUGAUUUGGAAACUGGACUUCUCCACAUCGAUGGGUGCGUAGAGGUUGAAGGUUUCCUUGAAGCGCUUGUUAUCGGCGGUCGGGAGGUCCAAUUCUAUUGUAGUAGGCGAGGAGAAGUUAACUUUCGCGCUGGCUUUGUCAAUCUUCUUGAGGUAGAGGGUGGCCAUGAUGGAGGUCGCGGUUUGGUAGAAAUCGGUGCUGAAAGUAAAAAGUGCAAGGCGGUUAGCAAGUCUUUUCAAAUAUUUUCCGGCACAUCCACCAACACGGCUCUCUAAUCUUUCCAAUUGGACGUAUCUGCUGUAGUCGUCAUGAAUAAUUCAAAACAACUCACCGAAUAUUAUCAACCUUCUCCUCCCCUGAUUUCUUCCCCUUCCCAAGAAAUAAAUGUCUAGCUUUUUCUUUACAGCCAAUUAUCUUCAUAAACUCAUCAAACUCCAGUACUCUGCGCUUACAACAGCUCCAACCUUUGCUCCCCUCAUGGAAGAUCGGUUGACCCGGAUGAUGGACGCAUUUUUCAUCAUCCCGUGAAACGGAGGGUGAGUACUUCGCGUUGCAGCCUCUUCGACGACAUGUCGCGCCCGCUUUGAUUGCAAGGGAAGGGUCAUCGGAUUCCGAUUCUGGUGGAGGAGAGGCCGUAGGGGUAGGGGUGUGCACGCCCGCGGCGGAGAGGGUGGUUGGGAUGUUUCCAAUGGCUAUGGGAGUAUGCUUAGGGGUAGUGUCGGGUGCUGCCUGGGGUGUCUCCUUUUGAGGCUCUGGAGCUGGCGUGUCAUCGACUGCUGAGUGUUUCCCCGUCGUGCAUGGUGGGAUGGUCAGGAAUUCGUCGAAGCUGAGGACGCGGGGCUUACAGCAUUUCCAUCCUGCAGUGGCAAAGCUCUGUCAGCUAGCUGCGAUGCUUUUUGGAGGAAUCCUCCUCCCGCACUUAUUUUCCUGGAUUCUAUUCGGGGCCCUCCUUUGAUCUCGCGUUUUGCUUCUCUCAUAUAUAGUUGUCCAAGUAAGAAGUCCAAUUUCACAGCGUCAUUGGGACUGACCUUUGUGGCCUUCGUGAAAUUCAGGCGGGCCUGGAUGAUAAGUGCACGGUUCGUCAGGGUCCGUAAACACCUUGCCGCAGCCCUUGUGUACACACUUUUGCGCCAUAUUUUGUUUUAUGAUAUAUUUCCCAGUAAAUAGGCUCUCUCAAUUCUGUUAGGAGUUGGCUGAUAGUCCGUAGAUAUUGAGUCUGAGAUGGGAUGUUGGGCGGUCUGGAAAUAUUUAAGUAAAUACUUACAUCAUCCUCGAUGCUUUCUCGGAGCUUUUGCUGGCGCCAACGCCCCCAAACCCAUCGAAGCUUCUGGUGCCAUCAACCAAAGACCAACCACCCGUGCUUCUUUGCAUUUUGCAGGUAGAUUAUAUCUGAGCAAUAUCAAACAGGGCAACGCUAUUAUUCCCCAGCUUAUUCUUGCCAAAGCAAAAUCCAGGAUCGCUGAUUGACCUGACACGGCACGAUGUACCCUACACGCCGCCUGCUCCAAAGUACUCGACUCACUCUCUUCACACGCAUCAAUUGCUCGCUAUGCGAUACGGCAAAAUACACCGUAAAAAACCUACGGGAAAAGAGACCAUUCUUAUAUUCAGAAAUUGAUGUGAUGGUCCCACAAAAUAAAACGUGGAAGGACAUUUACGAGUUUGACGUACCGGUUCUACACGUUCAGCGCGUAAUGUCUAAAUCCAGCGAUGGACGCGAAACCCUAUCAGACCCGAAGAAGCUAUUUCAUCGAUUUACCGAACAGGAGGUUGAGAAUACAAUAAAGGAAGUAGAAGAAUAAAAUAAAAUAUUACGGCUUGUGUGGUGUGGUUAUUAUGCCCCUGGGACUAUAUACUGUAUGCCGCUCCAUAACACCUCCUGCGGGGGUCGUAUGGAGGACUCCUCAUAAACCAGCACGAGCAGUUUUCAGUGAGUUCGACAGAUGGGUAGGGAGAGCAGCGACGUCGGAAAUCACAGAUAUCUGUAUGGAACCGUCAGCACUCGAUGCAGUGGACGAGAAGAUAUAUACAAUAUGGAAUCCAAGUCUCGUCUUACCAUAUGGAACCCUUGCUCCGCGUACUUCUUUGCGGACUCGCCAUCUGCGCUAUAAAUUCCAGCCCUCUUACCGUUGUUAACAGCCGCUUUGCGAAUCCUUUCAAUUGCAGCCACCAAGUCCGGAUGGAAAUCACCCCUAACAGGUCGGCCAAUAUUGUUUCCCAGGUCCCAAGGACCGAUCAGGAGCACGUCUAACCCUGGAACCUUUGCGAUUUCUUCGACCUAAACCGUUGCAAAUCAGAUUCCAGUUAGCUUCCCAAAGUUUUAUAUAGGGGAAUAGAAUCAAAGAAUGUCUUAGCCCGUUAAUAAACCUUUCUGCAAUCCAUACAUUUUCAAGAGCCUCCUUAGUUUCUAUCUGAACAAUUGUAACCAAGGCUUCAUUCGCCUGAAACAAAUAAUCUGUUUGGGAAAGAGUUCCAAAUGACGCCAUGGGAAAUGGGCUUCCAAAGCCUCUUUUGCCCAGGGGAGGGAAUUUGGCUGAUUCGACUAGUUUCUUCGCAUCGUCUACCGUGUAGAGGAGGGGGACCACUAUUCCAUGGGCUCCUGCGUCCAAGGCACCUAUCGUAGGAGUUAGAAUCGGGUUGAAAAGGGAACCAUUGCAAGAGUAUACAUACGUUUAACCAUCCACGACUCGUUGGCAGCGAUGCGUACAACAGGACUAACACCCGUAGCGGCAAUUGCAGCCACGGCCUCGUGCAUUUGGGCGUCUUUUAUAGUUAGAAUGAGCAAUGGUUAAUAAUCCGGCCAAAAAGCAUUGACACAGCAGUUGAUGCACAAGUUCAGAAGCCUUGCCCCAGAUUCGUAGCAAUACAACCAUCCCCUGUAUCUAAUAGAAUAAACACAGGACAUUGUUUCUUUCGUC